UAUAUUUCUUAGUUGGAAAAAAAAUCCCAAACAUUAAAGAGGACACUGCAACUACCCACUUGUAAUCAUAAAAUAACCUGACUUGAGGCUACACAAAUGUGGCAAUAGCUUAGGCAACAAACACGGGCUACUAGAAGUGAUAUAAAUCAUCCCCCAUGAAUGCUUACAUUAGCAGGAACAUAACAGAAAAUACCAAAUAAGCAAGCAUUUGUAGCUAAUAAUUUAGGACAACUAAAGGCACAACUUUGCUUGAAAGUGUAGAUGGUCCAAUCUUGAAGCAGAGAAAAGUGUCCACCUAGGCAGAUUUGUGAGUGGUAUAGAACUUGAGAACUGAGUUUCUCAAAUAGUAUUAUUUGAUCAGCACUUAGCAAUAAACAUGUGUUCAAUUAUAUCUGGAUCUGGGCCAUUAUUCACUUCCUUAAAUGUGCUGAAAGCAAUGGUACUAAUUCUCAGAAAGACUUGCUCGUUCUGUCAACGAAUUUUGUUCAUCAAAAAUAAUUGAGGAAGAAAUGUUUGUGUUUUUGUAUUUGAGUAUUGAGUAUUGUAUGGUGGUUGUGUAUGGCAGAUCAUGAAGAAUGGAUCAGCACUGGUCUGUACCUGUCCCCUGGUAUGAAGACAGAUAUUGAGUUUCCCCCACACCUUGUGGGCAAAAAUUGGAUGGUGCAGAUUGGCUGCCAGUCUGACAACUUUAGGAAAAAAGAUGUGUUGAAACGAGCACCAGUGGUGUGUGAGCGCUUCCCUGUGGACGAUGACAUAGUGCAGGUGUGGAACCUCUGGGGAGGUCUCAUCUAUUUAGUCGCCCCACCAAAAUUUCAAGUGCAGCGGGGCGCGGAGAUAGUUGUACGGACAGCUGUUCAAGCACCGUAUUAUAAGUCUGGGGAGACUACUGUAUACCACUGGCUCAUGAGUAUUAGGGGUUACCCUGCACCCUGGGCUGAGCUGGAGUUUGAGAACCUUAUUAUCACUCUUAACUCUGAGUUCAUCAGAGACCUGGAACGACCAGAUUUAGUAGCUGAGCAGUGGGAUGCAGUCAUGAGGGGUAUGGCUGACCUGGCAGCCAAACCUGCCAAGUUUCCACGCAAGGAGCGGUUUGUGGCAGAUGUACAGAUCUCAGCUGGAUUCAUGCAUGCUGGCUACCCAAUCAUGAUGCAAGCCCCAUCAGCCCCUGACCUCCUGAAGCUAACUGGCAAAAAGGAUCCAUGGGGACCAAUCCAUGAGUUAGGCCACAACCAGCAGUUGCAUGUCUGGGAGUUUUCUUCCCACACCGGCGAGGCCACCAAUAACCUGUGGUCAGUGUUCAUAUUGGAGACGGUGUAUGGGCUGCAGUGGAGUGAUGCCCUUGGGGAACUGAAACCCUCAAACCGAUCUCGUCGGAUCCAGGAUUAUAUUAAAGGAGGCCGUAAACUGGAAGACUGGAGCGUGUUUGUGGCACUUGAAACCUACUUGCAGCUCCAGGAGAAGUUUGGCUGGGAUGCCUUUAAGAGGUUCUUCGGUGCCUACCACAACAUGGAGGGAGUGCCACAUGACAAAACAGGGAAGAUGAACACAUUUGUUGAGACCUUUUCCAAAGUGGUGAACAGGAACCUGACAUCCUUCUUCAAGGCCUGGGGCUGGCCAAUAGAGGCUGCCACUGAGGAGAAGCUCUCAGGUCUGCCUGCCUGGAGUGAUCAUCCAAUGGCCCAGUAUGCCUGA